AUGGCGGAUAUGGGCAGUAAACCCGCCACACCAAGGACAACGGUAUCUUACAGAAUGGUACAGGUAAACUUUGACCCUCCUCAUGUUUUGACCUCCGUUCCGGGGAUUGGACCGAAAUUGGCUAAAGCCAUUGUAAAUCUCCGGGAGAAUGCGGGUAACGUAUAUCCCGAAUCUCUGGGAAUACUAAUGCGGCGACCUCUGGAUGAAGAGGUCAUGCAGAUGCUGGACUUCCGUCCGAAUCCAAGGUUAUUUGCAAUAACCUUGGAUGAAGAUGAGGAAGAUAUGGGGCGGUUGUAUAAUGGUGAGUUAGUCCCACACGGGGGGUGGGGGUUAGGUGCGCCAAGGAACCGGCCAGACGCACGAGAAAGGGCUGCGCUUGCCGCAGAGAUUAACACCCUGGAGGAGAGUAUUUCGGAACUGCAAUCGCAGUUGCAAAAUUGGUCACAACCCCUGGUCCAAAGAUCACUUCCCAUUCCUGUCCAACACCAAUUGGCUGGUCCAGACCAAAUAUCAACACCCAGCCCCUCCUCCAGGCCAAGACCUUUCCUUUCCUUGCAGACUUUGUCUCAAACCCCCAUACCCCGAUAUUUAUCUCAUACCCCCGCUGGACGUAGGGAACAGAAGUUGCCGUGGGGAAGAACAGACAGCGAGGCGGGUCUUAGGUGGCGCAGUCCAGUCGCCUAUAAAACCGAAGAACCUUCCCCCACAUACCCAUCACGCGUGCACCAGGGCGCAUUUGGAGGAAAAAUUGAGACGUCCCUACCCCAAGCAACCCUCAUGAAGGCAUUGCAAGAACUUCCCAAUCCUCCGACCACAAGCACACCUUACUUUAUUUUCCCAAAUAAUGGGUCUGUGCUAUCCAACCAGGUACCCAUCAAUCAACCUGUUUACAAUCAGCCUGCUAACCCGGUACCCAAUCAACCUGUAUACAAUCAGCCUGUUAACCAGGUACCCAUCAAUCAACCAAACGUAUACAAUCAGCCUGUUAAUCAGGUACCCAUCAAUCAACCAAGCGUAUACAAUCAGCCCGCUAACCAGGUACCCAUUAACCAACCGGUACAAAAUCAGCCUGCUUACCAGGUACCCAACAACCAACCUAGCAUGUACAAUCAGCCUGCUACGUUGGUACCCAUCAACCAACCGGUACAAAAUCAGCCUGCUUACCAGGUACCCAACAACCAACCUAGCAUGUACAAUCAGCCUGCUACGUUGGUACCCAUCAACCAACCGGUACAAAAUCAGCCUGCUUACCAGGUACCCAACAACCAACCUAGCAUGUACAAUCAGCCUGCUACGUUGGUACCCAUCAACCAACCGGUACAAAAUCAGCCUGCUUACCAGGUACCCAACAACCAACCUAGCAUGUACAAUCAGCCUGCUACGUUGGUACCCAUCAACCAACCGGUACAAAAUCAGCCUGCUUACCAGGUACCCAACAACCAACCUAGCAUGUACAAUCAGCCUGCUACGUUGGUACCCAUCAACCAACCGGUACAAAAUCAGCCUGCUUACCAGGUACCCAACAACCAACCUAGCAUGUACAAUCAGCCUGCUACGUUGGUACCCAUCAACCAACCGGUACAAAAUCAGCCUGCUUACCAGGUACCCAACAACCAACCUAGCAUGUACAAUCAGCCUGCUACGUUGGUACCCAUCAACCAACCGGUACAAAAUCAGCCUGCUUACCAGGUACCCAACAACCAACCUAGCAUGUACAAUCAGCCUGCUACGUUGGUACCCAUCAACCAACCGGUACAAAAUCAGCCUGCUUACCAGGUACCCAACAACCAACCUAGCAUGUACAAUCAGCCUGCUACGUUGGUACCCAUCAACCAACCGGUACAAAAUCAGCCUGCUUACCAGGUACCCAACAACCAACCUAGCAUGUACAAUCAGCCUGCUACGUUGGUACCCAUCAACCAACCGGUACAAAAUCAGCCUCCUUACCAGGUACCCAACAACCAACCUAGCAUGUACAAUCAGCCUGCUACGUUGGUACCCAUUAAUCAGCCAGUACAAAAUCAGCCUGCUAAUCCAGUGCCCAUAAACCCACCUAGCCUACCCAAUCAGCAGGCUACUCUGGCGCUCAUCAACCCGCCGGUAAUACCGAGCCUUCCUAUUGCACUCCUGCCUGCAACUACACCAAACCCUGCUUCUCGGGAUGUGAUUACCCGAAUGCCUAAAACCUUACAGUUUGACGGUCGAAGUAAUUGGCCAGUUUUCCGGGGCAAGUUCGAGCGCUAUGCCAAUUUGCACCAAUGGUCAGAUGAUGAGUGCGCUGAUGGGUUGGUUUGGUGUUUGGUGGGAAAAGCUGCGGACUUCUAUUCUGUAUUAACUGACGGCAGGAAAACUGUCCCUUAUAAGGAAUUACUGCAUCGUCUGGAAGAGCGUUUCGAUGCCAAAGAGCUCCCUGCUACUGCGCAAGGGCGUUUUCAGGCAAUUUCUCAGGGAGUAGGAGAAUCAUUGGAUGAGUGGUCGGAUCGCGUACUCACGCUAGCCACUAAGGCAUUCCGAGAUCUGCCCCAAGUAUACGCCACCGAGCAGGCAGUGGCAAAAUUCUGCCACGGGUUACAGGACAGAGAAACCGGCCGACAGGUGAGCAUUCAGCAACCGAAGUCGAUUGGAGAGGCCAUUGAAAAAAUUAAAAUGUUUAACCAUAUUCAAUUGGCUUGUGCCCCUUCUCAAAGGGAUGGUCAUAAAGGGAAAUCGGACGAGACUAAGCGGGUUCACAUGGUGAACCCAGAGCAGACAACCCAGCCUUUCCAUUUAACCGUCCUGGGACAGGUGGAGCAAAUGGUGGGCAACGAGCAGGUCCCUUUCCAGGGAACGCUCCAAACCAAGGAUACAAUACCCAACGUCAGGGAAUGUUUAAUGGAGGUAGAGGUGGCGGAAGGGGGUAUCAAGGGCCUAACGCCUACGGAAGGGGCGCCGGAGGGAGAGGGAAUAAUCCUUUCGUCAAUCGAGGGUAUCCCUACCAGCCGGCGGUGA